GACGUAGCGCUGGAGGCGUUGGCCGGCUAGUGUCACUGUGUGCUCUGAAGAACCUGAGACGGAGAAGAGGACGUCCUUUCCUCAAUUAUCUAUGAGAGAAACCGGAGUCAAAUACUUUUAAACUUCGCCUUCCUCUUGUUUUAUUUGUCCUUCCACCAAGUGAUUCGCCGGAACCUGUCGAAAUGAUCAAAAACGGUCACCACGCCACCGACGACCAGCGGGAUGACGACGGUUGCAGAAAGCCGGGUGGUUCAGUGUGUAGCCCGGAGAAAAGGAAGCGGGUCGUCCGGUUGUGGUGUGACGGCUGUUAUGAUAUGGUGCACUACGGUCACUCCAACCAGCUGCGUCAGGCCAAAGCCAUGGGAGAUUACCUCAUAGUCGGAGUGCAUACAGAUGCUGAGAUUUCCAAGCACAAGGGUCCUCCAGUCUUCACUCAGGAAGAACGCUACAAGAUGGUACGCGCCAUCAAGUGGGUGGAUGAGAUCGUAGAGGGAGCGCCUUACGUCACCACCCUGGAGACUCUGGACAAGUACAACUGUGACUUCUGUGUGCAUGGAGAUGACAUCACGCUGACGGUGGAUGGUAAGGACACAUAUGCAGAGGUGAAGCGUGAAGGCCGUUACCGGGAAUGUAGACGCACACAGGGCGUCUCGACCACUGACCUAGUGGGAAGGAUGCUGCUGAUGACCAAAGCCCAUCACAGUAACUUGGAUAACCCAGAUUACCAGCAGCACACAGACAACUUUGGAAAAGGUCCUAAAGGCCACAGUCCGUGGACAGGAGUCUCACAGUUCCUCCAGACGUCCCAGAAGAUCAUCCAGUUUGCCUCAGGAACAGAGCCUCAGCCCGGAGACACCAUCAUCUAUGUGGCCGGGGCGUUUGACCUCUUCCACAUCGGCCAUGUUGACUUCUUAGAGAUGGUCUAUAAGCAGGCGGAGAAGCCCUACGUCAUCGUGGGUCUUCACUUUGACCAGGAAGUGAAUCGGUACAAGGGGAAGAACUAUCCGAUCAUGAACAUCCACGAGAGGACACUGAGUGUCCUGGCCUGUCGGUAUGUGUCAGAGGUGGUGAUUGGUGCUCCCUACGCAGUUGGCAAAGACCUGCUCGAUCAUUUUAAGGUUGACCUGGUGUGCCACGGCAAGACAGAGGUGUUUCCAGACAAGGAUGCGUCAGACCCCUACGCUGAGCCCAAGAAGAGGGGGAUAUUCAGGACAAUCGAUAGUGGGAACAAUCUCACUACUGAUGACAUUGUCCAGAGGAUCAUUGCAAACAGGCUGCAGUUUGAAGCCAGGAACCAGAAGAAGGAGGCCAAGGAGAUGGCAGUGAUCGAGGCGAUGAAAAAGAGAGAGCAGCAGGAGCAGCCCGAAGGUGCAGCCCAGGCCGCUCACUAGUGAGACCUCCGACCUGGUUCUCUGUCUGAUCCUCUCAUCCUGGCACACUGAGCUUAAGAGGGUGGACUCAACCGACCCAGACGGAUGGUCCAUGUUUUCCUGAACUGGACCUGGCUGUGUGAAUCGACCCAAGAGGGGCCAGUCGAUCUCCACCUGUCCACUGGGUGCAGAAUCCUGCUUUUAAUAUUGGGUGAAGCAGUGUGACUUGAACACUGCAUGGUUAACUUCUCUCGGCCUUCAUCUAUACAGACUACUCCAGCCUAACGCGAUUAGAUGAGAACACAAAGAAUCCAAACACGUACUACGAUCUAACCUGCAGAGUCCCUUUAAACCUGUCGUCCUCCACAGAGAACUUUUUAACAUUGUCGUCUGUCAUGUGUUGUUUUUAUCCAUGAAAUCACACACUGCGUGUUCCUGUAUAGGCAUAGAAGUGGUAUAUUAAGUUUGCAAUAAGCCAUAAUUUAAAAUGUAAAUGAAAUAAUCAGCUGUGUUCUUAGAUUUUAAACCAUAUUAGUUUUUAAUCAUCACUUGUCUUAGAGGUGUCAUCAGUAAUGUUGACUGUGGUCACUUUUUAUCACACUGAGAAAACUGAUUUAAUUUAUAGAAGUCACUAUGUUUUUACCCAUCCUUAGAAAACAUUAAUACUCUGUUGAAUGAUCUGUGGAGUAGUCUUUUAAUUUUAACUGUGGAUUUUAACUACCUGAUUUUGCACCGAGGGUGUGUAUGUGUGUAUGUGUAUGAGUGUGCGUGCGUGUGUGAGUGAGUUGAGUGAGGUCAGUGAGUGACUGUGUGCGCUGUAAAUGACAGUAAUGUCGUGCCUCAUUCCUAAAGCUAUAACUAAGUAAGGGCUGUGAACUGUAUUCAAAUGUCUAAACUACCAGAGUGUCUCUACAGCUGUCUGUAGCAUCGUCCUUCUCUCUUUAUUCUACUUUCAAGAAAUGUGUUUUAGAAAGCUAACAGAAAAAAAAAUUGGGACCCAGUAUCUCUGUCAAACUGCUGCAAACAUUUGUAGAUUGUUGAAGGUUUGAUUGUUGCUUUUCCUGUCGUUAUAUCGGGCAUAACUCUGAGGUAAAUUAUUAAUGGUGUGAGACUGCGUGUGUUUGUAACGUGUGUGUGGGUUGGAAGCAGGCUGAUGAAUAUAUGAGUUUCUACAUAUUAGACGGGAAUUUUCACAACCUUUCAAUCACUAUAUUGCAACGUGUAAAUCUCCCUUUUAAUAAAUAAAUUGGUAAUAAUGA